AUGAGCAAGGCUCCCAUUAAAACGCCUGCCAAAGCUACCGUUGUUUCCCAGAAGAGACAAUUACAGGGUGAGGACAAGCGCGUGUACGAAGAAUUGCGACAAGAUUACAAUGCUGCUAGAAGUGACAACAUCAAGAAAAUCAUAAAAGCCUGCAUGGAUUUUAUCUACGAGAAGAGAGCUCCUGCAAAUGGCGGUGAAGUCCUGUGGGCAUUGGAUGAGCAGGCUAACAUAUGUUCUUGGAAGAAGCACUGCGAGCUGUGGGCGGAUGAUUUGGUGAAGCGGAAAAAUAGCAACGAAAUGAUAGCCAUGGCAGGACCGGAAUUGCAGAUGAUGGCUGGUGCCCAGGAUCCUGCUAGGCCCGCGCUGGCAGUCAUGCUCGUAGUCAAGCCGGAGGACAACAUGCACCAAGCGGUGGCAGCCGGGCAAGCACAUCCGACGCCAACCGAGGAGCAAAUGCUUCAAAUAGCAGUUUGGCCUGAUGUACAAAAGUAUGGCUUCCAAAAUCUACAAAGCAGUGGAAUGCACUUGAUCUACGCGAGAAUCCGCCCCAGCCCCAGGCAGAGGGGGGGGGGGGAUCCCAACUAUGAAGGAUAUAAUGUUGACAUUUGCAAAGCACCGGAAGUACCACGCAGACCAUGGUUCGAAGAAAAGGGGCUCUUAAACUCUGACAACGUGGCACACCUGUUGUCUGGAAGCGAGAUGAGGAACAAGCUCGCUUUUGCGACGCCUCCUGGCAACGAAGGUCUUAUCGUCGGGAAGAGGCCUGGGGAAAAGGAGAUGGCCGGUCCUAGCACUUUUACAGAACAUGAGAACGAUCUGCCCACACCGAUGUUGAAUACUACUCCCGAUCUUGUGCAUCAAGCCUGGUAUUUUGGUUUAAAUGACGCAGUAAUUGCACCCGAACAGCUUGAGAUACUGCGAGACCUCUCUAUCGCAGAGUCAAAAGCUCCUAUGACGGUGGAACAAGAUACUGGAAUGUCAGCUUCCGAGGCCUCGGACUUUGGGGAGGAGGGUGCCAGCAAAAACAGGUCAUCAUCUACGUCCUCACCUGCCACGAGCUCAAACUGUCAGCCACCGCAGAAAUCGAAGCGGAAGCGAGUCGCCAAUGCGGAGAACGAGGAUGAUGAUAGCGGACCUGACGAAAUCCAAAACAAGCAGAAGAGGUUUCGGCACAUCAAAUCGCUCGAAGAACAGCUUGCCUGCCCUUACUUCAAGAGAGACCACCUGAGGGGAAUACAUACCAUUCCCGACUACUGUCCCCGGUGCCAUCGGCCUUUCGACACUGUACAGCUGCGAAAUGACCACCUCCGAGAAGAGGCCUACGAGGUUGUGGAAAAUCUUCACGCACCUGACGGUAUCACAUCUCAACGAAUGCCUCUGCCUGGCCAACGAGUACUGUUGAAGCUCAGCAAGGAGGGUCAAUGGUUCCAUCUAUUCGACCUUCCGUUUCCUCACUUUCAACCCCGGCCAGACUCAGCGUACAACAAAAUCGCAUCCUCUGGGUUACUUCCCAAUUUUAGAGAUUUUAUCAGCCAGCCUUCUGCGCUGGAAAUACUCCUGGAGAGAGUUCGCAUUAACCCCGUAUGGACAUCUAAGUUGGAGGUGAUCCUUCGUGAGGAUUUUGUGUACGGCCUAAAUCAGAUUUAUCCGAGAUGGGCAGCUACACAAGAUCUCGAGACUGGCCAAGUACCUGCCAUCAAGCGACUGUCCUUUCUCCCCAUCCUGAGGCCAGGUCGAGCGAUAAUAGCGAUUGCACUCGCGUUUGCCGACUAUGAGCUAGAAGAGCGAAAGGUGGACGAGAACGACCAACCACCACCACAUCAACUAAACCAUGAAGGAAUUGCUGUCAUCGCAGAGCAAGAACAAUGGCUGUUCGCAGACGACUAUGCCGACUGUGAUACGUUUGUCUUUACUAACGAUAUCGAGUAUGGGCUCCUGAGGAGGAUUAUGCAUUGUUGA